GCUCUGAGGGAGGCCAUUUGGAAUGCUGAUCUGUCCACCUCAAGCUACCCAAUAACAGAGAAGACAUCAAUAACAUCACUCUGGGCUCAGCUGGGUGGGUACCCAGAUAUUCCUAGACUGCUCCAAUUAGAUAUUCAGUCUACCUUCAGAAAAUCUCUUGCAUCCAUUCAGUCACAGUCUAAGAAGAUUUCCAAGUGACUGUAAAAUUCAGUGCAAGCCUGUUGAAAGUAAAUUUCAAUGAUUCAGUAAAAAAAAAAAAAUGUUCUUUGGGGAAUGAAGACAUUGUGUAGAGAUUAAUUACAAGCAGUAAAUUUUCUUUUGAAAACAUGGAGAAUAUUAUGAAGAAACAUGGAACAAACUGGGAAACAUUCAAGAAUUAAAACAUUUCUCCAACUUUUCUUACAACUGUUUUUAGCAAGACAGAUGAAUGAUACCUUUAAACAUAUCAUUAGAUGUUGUAACAUCAUCUAAGCUGGAGGCAGCUUACAGUAAUGACUUUGGAGUCAGAAGACCUACGUUUAAAUGCUAGCCACUUUCUAAACGUGUGUUUGGGCAAGUUAUGUAGUAAAUCUGAGCUUUAGUUUCUUCAUCUGCUAAGUGACUUUCUAACCUUGCUGUGAAAAUUUCACAAGAUCUAAUGUGCACCACACUCCAUGCACCAUAAGUGCUCUAUAAAUAUAUUUGCUUUCUUCUUUCAAUUAAGUUGUUAUAGGGAUGUUUCAAUAACUCAAUUGCUAAAAAGCAUUACCUGGUAUUUAACCUAACUGUUCCCUUUUUCCAUUUAGUGGAAUUAUUUCUUGUCCAUAGUAGAGGAAGUAUAACCAGAUCUACCUAGACCUCACAUUGCAAUGAUUCUUUAAAUAUUUAAAAGUUUUCCAUUUAUUUAAUACUUACUGGACAUCCACCAUAUAUAUAAGAACUUUUCAGGAGCUUAUAAGAACCAGCAAGUUGUGGAAAAAAGAAAAUAAGAAAAAAUGAAGGAUCUGUGUUUUCAAGUGUUGUUAAGUCUUGGUGGGGUGAUGGAUAAAUAUAUGUGGAAGAAACAUACACUGUGUAUAUAUGUUUAAAAAUGUAUGUAUAGAUAGCUAAUGUAAAUUGUAAUACUGAAAUAAGAUGUGCUAUUAGGAUAUUUGAAAAGUAGUAUAUUUGAAAAAAAAUGUAUGUGUUAUUAGAAUUUGAAGAGUAGUGUAUAACUGCUUUUUAAAAAAUACUAUGUACUAUUCAAAUGACCACACAUUUAGAAAGCAAUUAUUUUACAAUUCUUUGCAUUUGGCAUAGCAUUUAGAAAUUACAGAACAGAAAGAGUGUGCUAAAUGUUUCGAGGGACCUGAUGACCUUCUAGUUCUUAGUGUAGAUUUCCAGAUCUGACCUUGCUAACUGAUGCUGGCCACAUGAAGGAUGUGUUAGGUAAUUCAGUGAUAAAAGAUGUUAGACAUCAGUCUGGAUAUAAAGUACCAAAAAAUGAGUGAUAUGGAAAAAGAAAACAUAUCUUAACACAUCAGUCCAACAGGUUCUUCCCAGGGAGUCACAUUUUUGUUUUCCACUAUCUUUAUCACACUGCUGUAAAUCAAAGGGACUUUAUUUUGACAUUUAUGGCAAUUCAUUACAAAU